AGGCUGUUUGUACACUCCCGGGCGAGCGGCUCGCAGACGCUCCCUGCUCGGCCCGAGCUUCCUCACGCUGCAGUAGGAAGACAGCGGCGCUAGUAAGAACAUCGCGUCCGGGUCGCUUCUCGUGGGCUCCGCUGCGGCAACUGGCUGAGCUUGGCCCUCGCAGAACUACAAGCGCCUCUACUGCGUUGCUCCAUGUCCGGCCUCCCCGCCACUUCGGCGGGGGGGCCAAGCCCCGGCCCCGCUUAGAAAGCAAGAUGGAUGAGGAGAACGGGGGCCGCCUCGCCGGCGACGCCAGAAGAGCUGCAGCGGGAUGGAAUUGAAUGGAGAAAGCAUGCCGACUAACAAGCCAGAAUCAGUAACUUCAAAAUUGUGAUUUUUGUUCCCUGCACUGGGAGUUGCGAUCUUGAGCUGAGCUGCAGAAUCUUUCCAACUGACUCCCAAAGUGUUUAAACAGCCAUGGCAUUCUUCACUCCAUGGAAAUUGUCCUCUCAGAAACUUGGCUUCUUUCUGGUGACUUUUGGCUUCAUUUGGGGAAUGAUGCUCCUGCAUUUUACUAUUCAACAGAAAACUCAGCAUGAAAGCAGUUUAGUGCUUCGUGAACAAAUACUCGAUCUCAGUAAAAGAUACAUAAAAGCAUUAGCAGAAGAGAAUAGAAAUGUAGUGGAUGGACCUUACGUUGGUACAAUGACUGCAUAUGAUUUGAAGAAAACUCUUGCUGUCUUACUGGAUAAUAUAUUGCAGCGUAUUGGGAAGCUUGAGUCUAAGGUUGAGAACCUUGUAAUCAAUGGCACAGGUACAAAUUCCACAAACAGUACCACCACUGCGAUUCCUAGUUCGGGAACAGCUGAAAAGCUGAACGUUGCAGAUAUCAUUAAUGGAGCCCAGGAACAGUGUGAAUUGCCUCCCAUGGAUGGUUUUCCUCACUGUGAGGGCAAAAUAAAAUGGAUGAAAGAUAUGUGGAGAUCUGAUCCUUGUUAUGCAAGUUAUGGUGUUGACGGGUCCACAUGCUCAUUCUUUAUUUACCUCAGUGAGGUUGAAAAUUGGUGUCCUCGUUUACCCUGGAGAGCAAAAAAUCCCAAUGAAGAAAUGGAUCAGAAGACAAUGUUGAAGGCUGAAAUCAGAACCAAUUUUGAUUUGCUGUACAAAAUGAUGUCAAGACAUGAAGAAUUCCGGUGGAUGAUGCUGCGAAUAAAGAGGAUGGCUGAUACUUGGAUAGAAGCAAUAAAAUCACUUGCUGAAAAACAAAACUGGGAGAAGAGGAAACGAAAAAAAGUCCUUGUUCAUCUGGGACUCCUCACAAAAGAAUCUGGAUUCAAGAUUGCAGAGAAUGCCUUUAGUGGUGGUCCACUUGGUGAACUAGUCCAGUGGAGUGAUUUAAUUACAUCUCUCUAUUUACUGGGCCAUGACAUAAGGAUUUCAGCUUCCCUGGCAGAACUCAAGGAGAUUAUGAAGAAGGUAGUUGGUAACAGAUCUGGCUGCCCUACACAGGGGGAUAAAGUGGUAGAGCUUAUUUAUAUUGACAUUGUGGGACUCACUCAGUUUAAGAAAACUCUUGGUCCAUCCUGGGUUCAUUACCAAUGUAUGUUACGGGUGCUAGAUUCCUUUGGGACUGAACCAGAGUUUAAUCAUGCUCACUAUGCCCAGUCUAAGGGCCACAAAACUCCAUGGGGGAAAUGGAACCUUAAUCCACAGCAGUUUUAUACAAUGUUUCCUCACACUCCAGAUAACAGUUUUCUUGGGUUUGUUGUGGAACAAUAUCUGAAUUCCAGUGAUAUCAAGCACUUCAAUGUCAUUAAAAGGCAGGACCAAUCACUUGUUUAUGGGAAAGUUGAUAACUUCUGGAAGGAUAAAAAGUCUUAUUUGGAUGUCAUUCAUACCUAUACAGAAGUCCAUGGAACUGUCCAUGGGACAAGCGCUGUCUAUAUGCCCAGCUAUGUUAAAAACCAUGGGAUUCUUAGUGGCCGAGAUUUACAGUUCUUGCUAAGAGGAACAAAACUUUUUGUGGGCCUUGGGUUCCCAUAUGAGGGUCCUGCACCUUUGGAGGCUAUUGCAAAUGGAUGUGCAUUUUUGAAUCCAAAGUUUAAUCCACCAAAAAGCAGCAAAAACACAGACUUCUUCAAAGGCAAGCCGACUCUUAGAGAGUUGACAUCUCAACAUCCCUAUGCUGAAGUCUACAUUGGGAAGCCUCAUGUUUGGACAGUAAAUAUCAAUGAUCUUUCUGAAGUGGAACAGGCAGUGAAAGCAAUUUUGAAACAAAAGAUUGAACCUUACUUGCCUUUUGAAUUCACAUGUGAAGGAAUGCUUCAGAGAAUGAAUGUGUUCAUUGAGAAACAGGAUUUCUGUCAUGGGCAAGUGAUGUGGCCUCCGUUAAGUGCUCUUCAGGUUAAAAUUGCCGAAACUGGAAAAUCAUGUAAACAGGUUUGUCAAGAAAAUCAGCUCAUAUGUGAGCCAUCUUUUUUCCAGCACUUGAAUAAGGACAAAGACCUCUUGAAGUACAACAUUCAGUGUCAUACAGUUGAGUCUGCAAAUGAUAUUCUGGUCCCAUCUUUCGAUGAAAAGAGAAAGCAUUGUGUUUUCCAGGGCGAUCUUUUGCUGUUCAGCUGUGCAGGAUCUCAUCUGAACCAUAAAAGGAUCUGCCCUUGUAGAGACUAUCUUAAAGGACAAGUUGCACUAUGUAAAGACUGUCUAUAGCAGGAAGUUAAUGUGACUUUUCGAAGUGGCUUGGAGAGAACCAUUUUGUGCACUUUGCUACUGCAGACAACACAGUUGCUGAAGAGCAGAAAUCUGUACCAAGAAAGGGCAGAUAAGUGAUUUAAAUGUUUAAAAAAACCUCAACUUUUUAUGUUUUUGUUUUCUGAAGUGAGCUACUCCAACCAAGUUCACAGAAAUCUCUUUAUUCAAAGAAGUGACAAAUCAAGUUCCCACGAGGUAAAACAAGAGCUUGAGAUAUGGUGGUGUUUCCCCCCAGUGAUUCCUCAUGAUGGACAGUUUGUCAAAUAUCACUUCCAGUAGAAAAAAAAAAUACCAACCUGAAAGGAUUGGAUAGUGCAGAAAAGACAAAGGACUAUCGUAGGUAUGCUAAAUGGUGGUGCUAUUCUCAUCAACUUGGAACUACAAGGUCAUGCAGCUGCUGAAUAGCAUCACCACCUCUUGGUCACUUUCUGGCCUACCCAGACUCAUCCCUUGGUCUUUCUCCAGCAUCACUGCUGGAGAUGGCCAUGCAAGGGAACCUUCCAAACUAGGACUGGUGGCUGACAGACUGACAGAUCCUUUUGGCUUGAUCAUGGGUUAUGAUUGUGGCAUUAAUCAGGGUUUUAAUAGCCACAUAAACACCCAAUUUUAAAAAAUGCUCUUGUUUUGAACUCUGUGUUCCCUUUCUGACUUGUCCAAAGGUUUUGCUUAGGGUGUUAAUUAGAAAUACUGUGUAAUCAUUGGAAGCAAAAUGGUUUCUUGGAGCAAUAUUUUAUUUCUUGAAUUUGCUGUAAUAUAGCAAAACAGUGACUAAAAUAUGGAAAUAGAAAAAAGACCAUUACAAAAUGAUAUGUGGUAGAAGAGUGGUCUGCCCUGGUAUCUUGUAGGGGUUUAAAGAACAAUUAUGGGCUGCAAAUAAUGGCCAUGAAAAGGGAAGUUUAUUUUCUGCAAUCCUUAGUUAAAAAGUGGGUAUGUGGAAACAGACCGUUUAUUUUUUAAAUUGUGAUUAAUCCAGAAUAUUGAACUCAAACAUUACUUGUAGACGGGAUUUAAGCCUUUAAUUUAAUAGGAUUUAAAAAAAAACAAAUGUGCGGUAUCUUUUUUUUAUUUUUUUUUUCAGCACAACUGACACAUCUUUAAAUGCACUGCUUGUGGGUAGGAAAAAAGCAUUGAAUUGAAAAUGAAUGUCUUGUCAUUUUGCAACUAGGUUGGAGAGGCCUGAGGGAAGGGAGGGACUUGGACCAUUUGCAAAAUCAAAACUAUUAUUUCCCUCUUUUGUAAACAUUAGUUAAUUACUAGUUCUACUUAUAGAAUAAUAUACCUACUUUUAAUAUUUUGUAAUCUACCAGCUCAUUACUUGAUGCAUUAUUUUAUAUUUGAAGUUCAUUGCAUAUCUUUUGACUUGCUGAAGAUCACAAAAGAAACAUUUUUUGAACAAACUGCCAAGCUGAAGUUUUAAAGUCAAUUUUUCAAAAAGUAUUGUUAAAAUACAUUUAAAUCUGUGUGAACAUAGUAUUUACAAAACGAAGUUAUUUAUAUUAAGGGACAUAAUGCCAGACCUGGAUAAAAACUGAAUAAGAAAAAUGUUAUUUAAAAAAUGUUUACGUUAUAUAUCCAGAAGCACUCACUUUGUAACAAGAAAUAUAUUACCAAAAUUGAAACAUGGUAUGUGUAGAAUUAAAAAUUACUAAGGAUUGAGCUAACAUCAAAAUUAGGAUUCACUGACUUGAAUUUCAGAUUGAAAACAUUACUUUCUUGGUUUCUGCAGAAUGUAACUCUUGGAAUCUAAGCAUGUGUAUUUUUUAAGUUAAAUAAUUUCUAAGGCCAAGAAUUAUAUGUAUGUACAUCAUGAUCCCAACCGAACCCACAGACUUAGCGCUUCUAAUUGCUGUAGCAGCAAAACAAUUUGAUAAUAUUUGUGCUGUAAAUACAUCUUUGUUAAUGUGUUCAAAUUAAUUUAUCUUGAAUAAUGGUGGGCUGCUUUAAGUCCCAUAUUUCUUUUCCAGAAAAGCUAACAAUAAAGCAUGAAAUACAAAAUCCAGGCAAAUGUUGCAGGAAAGAAUGGAAAUGUUCAGAAAUCAGAUCAUUUGCUUGGAAUCUUUCCUUCAACAUUAAUAUGGAUUUUAUAUUCUAUGCUGAAUUGUGAAUGUGUGCCUGUGUGUGUGUUUGUGUUCAUAAAUUGCUUCACAGAGUAAUAAUAUAUUAACAUCCAAACAAGCCCUGAAAACUAAAAUGGGGUGUUGGUUGGUCCAGUCAGUAAUUGUAGACUUCAGCCAGAGGUAGAUCUGCUAACUGCUAGUCUUAUCAUUCAACAUAUACAUUUGCUGAGAGAAAGAGAGAGAGAGAAAUGGUUGCAACUUAACAAAAUGAUGGUUGCAACUUAACAAAAUGAGUUUUUGGGAAAGUAGAAUUAUUAUAGUUCUUAUAUUUUUGCAAUACUUUUAUGAGGUCAUUGAGAAUAGGGUCAGACCUUCAAUAGGUUCAUUCAAUUAUUUCAUAGUUUAUUGCAGUUUUUUAUGACAGUAAUAUGGAGUUGAUCUUGGAAGGAAAAUUGUGUAUAUUAGGCCUUUCUAUCAUAAGAAUAUAUUUAUUUACUAUAACGAUUUGGUGGAGUAGAAUCAGAAAGUUUCAACUAAAUAUGUUUUUGUCAGUACAGGCCAGAUAGACCUGACAUUUUUUUCCAUGGAAGACUUCUAUUAAAAAUGCAGUUAUUAACAAGUUUAGUUCCACCAAGCACUGUUUUAUAAGCUGAAUAUUAAGGAGUUUGUCCACAAUGUCAUUAACGUUAUACAGAUUUAUUGAUGAACCUGUUAUUUCCUUCUUUCUUCUUAAAAUAGAAAAUAUAGAACCAACAGAAGGAACAUUGGGUAAUCUAAGAAGACAAGCAGAACUACAACAAUUUCAUCAUGCAAAUUUAGGGCUAGAUUGAUUACUAGAUAUGAAUCAGAAAUGAAUAUGGAUGAGUGAAUUGGGUAUGGAUCAAGAAAUAAAAAUUAUAUGAAAAAGAUUAAUCUUAACCUACAAAUCUUCAUGUGUCAAGAACAUUGUCUUUAUUUUACAAAUUUGUUUGAACUGAUAUUUUUUAAAAUCUGUGAGAUUAAAACCUGAGAGAAGCAUUUGCAUAAUUUAUUUAAAAAAAUAACAUUAAAGGUUUGCCUUUGAAAGGUAAAGAUUGAAUACACUGUUUAAAAAUGCCAAUAAAAACCUCAUUUAUUUCA